AUGCAAUUCCCAAGCGCACUCGCUUUCAUCACCCUAUUGGUGUCCUUUCCUCUUGCCAUGCAUGCACAAAACCUUCCCAACGAUUAUUUCAUCAAAAAAGCAAAAGACCCUUCUAAAACCUACCUCCAGGUCUUCAGCGCGGACGGGAAGGUUGCCUUCACUUUUGACAAAACUAUCAACUCCCCAGCUCCAUUCGAGAACACGGUCACUAUCACCGACCCAUCUCUCCUCAAGUUUUUUUCUUUGGUCUCGAUUGAUGACCAGUGCGGAUACAAGACACAAUACACCCAGAUCGAUGGUCCCAAUGCCAAAGACGGCUUAAGGCGGCGAGACUAUAAGUUUGAUAACUCGCCUGUCUUUGGCAAAAAGCUCUGGCGUUUUAACUUCUAUUCCAAUGCCGCCGGUUCCCGGAUGUACUACAAGUUCAUCAAAAACAAAACAAACGCAGGAGGGAAAAUCUACAAGGUGGCCGCAGAUCAACUGCGCAAAGAUAAAUGGAUGAAUUCUGCCAAUGGGGAGGGCACUUAUACCCUUUCAUGCAUUGAUGGUGCUCCACUGCCCGAAUUGGUCGCCAUGCUGGGUUUGGCCUUUCUUCAGUGCUGA